UCUUUCUCUGUGCAAACUCUCUCUCUCUCUCUCUCUCUCUCUAGUCAUUUUUCUGAACAACAGAAAUGGCAGAGAAGAAACAAGAAUCAGAAACGGAAACGACAACAAUUCAAUUACCUCAGAGAAGUAGAAUCAGUAAACUUCCCGACUUUCUCCUAUCUGUGAAGCUCAAGUACGUGAAGCUUGGAUAUCAUUACGUGAUCUCCAACGCUAUGUAUCUCGUUGUCGUAGCCCUCUUUCUUGUUGUCUCUGCACAUCUCUCCACUCUGACCUCCGACGAUAUCAUCCAGCUAUGGCGCCACCUGGAGUUCAAUCUUGUAACAGUGGUCAGCUGUUCGUCUCUCUUGGUUUUCCUUGCUACCCUUUACUUCAUGAGUCGUCCGAGGAACGUCUACUUGGUGGACUUCGCCUGCUACAAGGCUGAUCCAUCUAGAAUUUGCACUCGAGAAAGGUUCAUGGAGCUGUCAGUGUUUGCAGGGACCUUCACAGAUGAGAAUUUGGCGUUUCAGAAGAAAAUUCUGGAGCGGUCGGGGUUGGGCCAGAACACAUACUUCCCGGAUGCGGUGUUGAGGGUACCGGCAAACCCGUGUAUGUCGGAGGCGAGAAAAGAGGCGGAGAUGGUGAUGUUCGGAGCCGUUGACGAGCUGUUGGCCAAGACCGGUGUGAAGCCCAAGGAUAUAGGGAUUUUGGUGGUGAACUGUAGCCUCUUUAACCCCACACCGUCUCUCUCCGCCAUGCUUGUUAACCACUACAAGCUCAGAGGCAAUGUUUUAAGCUACAACCUUGGUGGAAUGGGGUGCAGUGCUGGACUUAUAUCCAUUGACCUCGCCAAGCGCCUCCUCCAGGUGCAACCCAACUCCUAUGCUCUGGUGGUGAGCAUGGAGAAUAUCACUCUGAAUUGGUAUUUCGGCAACAACCGCCCAAUGCUCCUUUCCAACUGCCUAUUCCGCAUGGGCGGAGCAGCCAUCCUGCUAUCAAACCGGCGAGCAGAUCGGCGCCGCUCCAAGUAUCAGCUGGUCCACACUGUACGUACACACAAGGGUGCCGACGACCGUUCCUACAACUGCGUCUUCCAGGAGGAAGAUGACACCGGAAGAGUAGGAGUGGCCCUGUCCAAGGACCUCAUGGCCGUCGCCGGUGAAGCCCUCAAGACCAACAUCACCACACUCGGACCCCUCGUGCUCCCCAUGUCCGAGCAGCUCCUCUUCCUGGCGACCCUAAUAGGGAGAAAGGUAUUCAAAAUGAAGAUCAAGCCUUACAUCCCCGACUUCAAGCUCGCAUUCGAGCACUUCUGCAUUCAUGCCGGAGGGAGAGCUGUGCUGGAUGAACUGGAGAAGAAUCUUGAGCUCACAGAGUGGCACAUGGAGCCCUCAAGGAUGACUCUCUAUAGGUUUGGCAACACUUCUAGCAGCUCCUUGUGGUAUGAACUGGCAUACGCAGAGGCCAAGGGGAGGAUCAAGAAGGGAGAUCGGACCUGGCAGAUUGCAUUCGGGUCGGGUUUCAAGUGCAACAGUGCAGUAUGGCGUGCACUGAGGACCAUCAAUCCUGCUAGAGAGAAGAACCCAUGGACGGAUGAGAUUGAUGGGUUCCCUGUUCCCGUGCCCAAAGUGACACCCAUUAAUCAUACCUUAAACCCCACCAAAUAAUCCAUUAAUGUGGUAAAUGAAAGAAGGUCCGGAUUACAGUACUGGAUUUGAAUGAUCCCACUCCCACCAUUUCAUGAUAAUUAAGGCCUUCUACAUUUUUUGGAAAAUUGAAUUAAUAAUUAUCUCACCAUAUUCUUUGUCAGAAGAGCUUUGAUCAGGUGGGACCCAUUGAAUGGGGAUCCUGCUCCACAUCAUACACAAUUAUGAUCUAAUUCCAUACCACAACUAUGGUUGGUAAAUGCAAUCCAUAUGCAUGUCAAAAGGCCUGUUAUCCAUCUCUAUUAUCUUUUUAAUUUCCAAUAUUAUUUCUUUGUUUUUGGUUUUUCAUCAAUGCUAAUGCUGUGUUUUGGUUUGAGCAAAUCAGCUAAUAGUUAUGUGAUUAGUUCCUUCAUAUCCAUCCAAAUGAAGGGAUCGGAUCUCCCACCACUUCCUUCUUUUGGUUCCAUUUUUUGUGUUUGUGAGUUCAACCAUGUGAGGGUUAUCAAUCUCCUGUACGAAGUGGGCAAUUAAAGCCCUGUCAAAUAAGUAGGAAGUUGUGUACAAGUUGGUUGGUAAUUAUAUUUGAUGGAAAGCAACUUUAUUGAGA